UUAUACUCAAUCUAGUACAAGUAAAUCCAAUUACUUACUCAGAUACUUCAUGUUUCUCUUACAAUAAUAAAUUGGUUAACUCAUUCGAAAGAUAAUUUCGAAAAACAGUGCUGGAAAGCGGUGAACAACGGCAACGGCAAAAUAAAUGAGUUUCGUCAUUGCUGAUCCUAAACACUUGAAUAUUGGAAAACAACCCAUUUUUGAUCACAAGGACGAGAUUGUUCAAUCCGACUCCCUCGAUGGCAUACCGACUUGUCGCGGCGCAUGCGACUCCAUCUCAAUCAUCGCAGCGAGGUCUUCAAACUCUGCGAACUUCGUCAAUUCUAGGACAAUCGCAAUGCAUAUGCCGGUGUCAUAGGCCUCGGAAUUUUUCAUCAUCUGCGAGAUUUUAUCGUCAGAACGAAUACAAGGAAACUUUCGGAACGAGACUACGAAGGGCUUUGAAUGAUACAAAAAUAACAUGGUAUCAUAUACCUGUGGGUUUGGGUAUAGGCUUUUUAGGUCUUGGUCAGUUCUAUCGAGUGAAUGAGCGAGAAAAGGCAAGGAGGCGAGAGGAAGACGGAGAUGGAAUUGUGAGGAGUGUAGGAUCUGGAGACGAUGGAAAUGAUGAAGGUUAUCAAGGGCGAGCAAGAAGGAGAGAAAGAGUAAGGCCCUCGGGACCAUGGCAGGUUCAAGUAAUGUCAACUCUCCCAUUGAAAGCCAUGUCAAGAAUAUGGGGCAGAUUCAAUGAAUUGGAGAUACCUUACUAUCUACGUGUACCCGGAUUUAAAUUGUAUUCUUUUAUUUUCGGUGUUAAUCUUUCUGAAGUAUCAGAACCCGAUCUUCACGUAUACCCUAAUUUAGCUUCAUUCUUUUAUCGUACUCUGAAACCAGGAGCUCGCCCACUUCAUCCAAAUCCGAAUGCGUUGCUUUCUCCAGCUGAUGGUCGGGUUCUUCAGUUCGGUGCAAUCGAAAGUGGCGAGGUAGAACAAGUUAAGGGAAUGACUUAUAGUCUGGAUGCUCUUCUCGGUACCAGCAAACCAGCUACCACUCCUAAUCCUGCAGAUCCGUCCAGUAUAUUCACCCCGCCUCAAGAUACCACACCUAAACAAAGUAAGGCGAGGUACAAUGACGGAGACGAAGAGAUUAUCAAGCAAGACGAAAAGUUUGCAACUGUAAAUGGUAUCUCAUAUACUCUUCCAAAUUUACUCUCUGGGCCGCCCCAGAAGCAACCAGGAAAGAAGUCAAGUGAUGCCUCCACCACACCAAAGCCAGCCUCUGAAGCCGAAGUUCGUGCCGACCUUGCUCUUGGUGAAAAGCCGUGGUAUUCUCGAGUUACUACAGAGAACAAGACUGCUUUAUAUUAUGUAGUUGUAUAUCUGGCACCCGGUGACUAUCAUCGUUUCCAUUCUCCAACAGCUUGGGUCGCUGAGAAGCGCCGCCAUUUCGCUGGAGAACUAUACUCAGUCUCACCCUAUCUCCAACGAACAUUACCUGGUUUAUUCACACUGAAUGAGCGGGUUGUUCUUCUUGGCAGAUGGAGGUGGGGCUUCUUCUCCUUCAUCCCUGUUGGUGCUACAAACGUUGGUUCCAUUAAGAUCAAUUUCGAUCGAGAACUACGAACCAAUUCUUUAACAACAGAUACUGCUGCCGACAGAGCUGCCGCCGAAGCAGCAGAACGCGGGGAAUCAUAUAGUGGAUUUGCCGAAGCUACUUACGAGGCUGCGAGCCCCAUUCUUCACGGUCAUGCCCUGAGAAGGGGUGAAGAAAUGGGAGGAUUUCAACUAGGAAGUACAGUUGUACUUGUGUUCGAGGCACCUAAAGGAACAAGACCAAGUCUUGACGAAGGCUGGAUGGGACAGAAGAGAAAGGGAGGUUGGAAUUGGGCCAUUGAGAAGGGCCAAAAGGUCAAAAUGGGUGAACAAUUAGGAUGGGUCGAUGAUGCUUAA